AUGGGUCAGGGGUUCCCGUCCCCCGAGUGCGCCGCCACGGGACGCGUCCCAGACCUCGACGUGGGACCAACCCACAGCAGCGCAGACAGCUGCACAGAAGGGAUGCAGAGGGGUGCCCUUCCCCCACCAGCAGGACGCAACACCAUGGACAUCCAAGAUCACGACCCCUUCGAGGAUGAGGAGGACUACUUGGAGUACCGCCAUGGGAUCGCAGACCAGGAGAACAGCGAUGGGUACCACCAGCACAUCGAGGGGCAGCAGGACAGCCUCGAGUUCGGCCAGACCGUUCGCCGUCGUGCAGCUGGAUCAGCUUUUCCCCCACCAGCAGGACGCAGCACCUUGGACGUCCAAGACCACGACCCCUUCGAGGAGGAGGAGGACUGCUUGCAGCACCGCCAGGAGACCGCAGAUCAGGAGGACUGCGACGGGCACCACCAGCUCAUUAAGGGGCAGCAGGACAGCAUCGACUACGGCCAGACCGCAGAGGGUACCGAUCACCUGGGGAGUCAGAACCAAGCGCCGCCAGGCCCAGAGGCAGAGGAGCAACGAGAUAUGGGCCUGCCCCCACCAGACCUCUGGAAUGAUGACCAGCACCAGCGGGAGCGGGAAGACUACGUGGCCAUGAGAGACGACCUGGAGUACUGGGCGGCCAUCUGGAUGGAUAACCUGGUGCAGCUCCCCACGGACAACAGCAACUGGAUGCAGUUCUGUGUGCCGUUCCUGGAGACCAUCUUGGGUGGCGGAGGCAACAAUGGCAUGGUGAGACUGCUCAGGCGUAGGUACCAGCAGGUCCGCACCCACAGCGGCCACCAGACGCAGCAGCAGAUCAACACAAGACGGCAGCUCGCGCAGCAGCUCAACCAGCCUGACCCAGGCAGGCUGAACGAAGAAGGUGCAGCCAAGGACCAGCAGCAGGCCCUCCUCACAGACCUGCACGCGAUAGCAGAGGGCGCCCUCGUGGACCCAGGGACGAUCAGCAGGGUAGCGGAGGAGGUAAAGAGCAUGGCCAAGCUACUCACUAAGGCGGUGAAGAAGGCGUACAUCUACUGGGUGCACGACGCCACGGCAGGCAGUGCGAAGAUGGCCCACGCCUACACCAAGGCAGCGGAGCGCAGCCACCUGGAGGACAUCCUUGAGCACGAGGGCCAGGUCAUCAACCACCCGCAGCAGCUGGUGGACUUGCGCAAAGAGGCAUGGCAACGCAGGUGGACACGAGAUGCACAGAAGGCCGAGAGGAUCCAAGAGGCGCUGGCCAAGCUGAGGCAGGCUGCCUUGGCCCAAGAGAAUGCCCUCGAGCCCAUCAGCAAGGACAUCAUCGGCUCCAUCAUCCAGCACCUGAAGCGCAAUGCUGGCCAAGGAGCGGACUGGUGGAGGGCUCCAGAGCUCAAGGCCAUGGGCGCCCAGGGGCUGGAAGACUUCGUGCAGUGCCUGACCAGCUGUGAGCAACGGGCAGCGUGGCCGUGGCAAUUCUACUUGGUGCUGGAGCUGCUGCUGGGCAAGAAGCCAGGAAUCGGCGGUGAGCGCCCCAUCGGCCUCAUGCCCAUGCCGUACCGCAUCUGGAGCGCAGCCAGGAGGCCCAUAGUAGCCACCUGGAGCAAGGCAGCGGCGGGCUUCUGGGAUACGGCAGUAGCUGGCUCCUCAGCGCUACGAGUGGCAAUGCACAGACUGAUGAGGGCAGAAGCCGCCACGGAGAUGGGCUUUCAUGCAGCAGGAAUGUUCUACGACGCGGCAAACUUCUACGACAACAUAGGCCUAGACCAGCUGAUCGAGACGGCCAGCGCCCUCCAGUACCCGUUGCUGCCGCUGGCAAUGGCCGUGCAGAUGUACCUUGCGCCCAGGGCCAUCAUGGCCCACAGCCUCUUCUCGGACAUCGUCGAGCCUGCCAACAGCAUGGUAGCUGGCUGUGGCCAAGCGGUCGGCCUCACCAGACCGCUCUUGUAUGGCAUCCUGGAUGCAGCGCACAGGCACCACAUCUUCGUCGUCAUGCAGCAGUACCUGGACGGCUUGGCCCUGCAGGUAGAGGGUGCGCGGCGGCAGGUCAUUGACCAGAUCAAGCACGUGGCAGCGCUGGUGCACGACGGAUUCAAGCAGCUCUCGAUACCCAUCUCCGUCAAGACGGCAGUGGUGGCCUCGGACAAGGACCUCCAGGCAGAAGUCGCCAGCAUCCUGGACAGCCUGGGCACCCCCAACAAGCAACCAGGUGUAGUGCGCGACCUCGGCGUCGACACCAGCCUCGGCAAGCAGCUGCGGCGACCCACCCAUGCCGCGCGCCAGGCCAAGGCCAAGCAGAGGGUGGCCAAGCUCAAGGACCUAGCGAAGACGGACGCCAGAGGCGCGGCAAAGGUCUAUUCAGCAGGUGCCUACUGCCAGCAGGCCUGGGACUUACCAGCGCACGGCAUCACGCCCACGGAGGCGAAGGCGGUCAGGGCUACGGAGGCAGCGCUCCUCACAGGCGGACACAAGGCUGGACGCUGCACGUCCACCAUCCUCCUGAUCCAGAGGGGAAUGCAAGAGGCAGUUACCCGAGCCAUCGGUGACCAGAUCAAGCAGUUCUGGCUCACCAUAGUCGACCACCCGACGGAGCUCAAGAGGUACCAGAGAGGCUGGCUCCUGCUCUACGCCAAGCUGGGCGCCCUGGAACCCAACCGCAGGAGGAGGAGGCGCAAAGGACAGCAUGCAGAGGCAGCCAUGCUGGAGACCAUAGCGGUGGCGGGCAUCUGGACCAGGGAGCGUCGCAGGGCGGCCAACCUCAACCAAGAAGGCGACGACACCUGCGCGAGAUGCGGCGAGGCGAUAGAGACAGAGGAACACCGCUACUACGCAUGCCCUGCCAACGCAGAGAUAGGGCACAGCAAUGACACCGACCUGGCGAAGAAGGCGAAGGACGCGCUGGACCAGCGGCAAGACCUGCACUUCUGGCUCCGAGGCAUCCCGCCAGCGGCCUGGGCAGCCAAGGUCGACCCAGACGAGGACGCGGCGAAGGCGGCGCAGAUCUUCUGCACCAGCGAAGAGGCUCAGGCGGCAGCCCAGUCAGGGUACAAGGUCGAGCAGACUAUGUCUUCACGGACGGCUCAGACGCUGCGGCUGGGCAGUGGUGGCUUCAGGUUCGACGAACAAGGACGUCCGCAGGAAGUGGCCGCCUGGUACGGCACGAUCAGGGCACCGCACACGGUGCCACGGGCAGAGCUCACCGCCAUGAGCAAAGCCAUCGGGUACACCACGGCGGCGACAGCCAGGGGGCUCAACAUAGUCAGCGAUUGCAAGUACGCCCUGGACGCACUCAAGCAGAUCCAGGAUCCAGAGGAUCUGGACUACAGGAGCACGAACUACGACCUCUGGCUCCAGACGAAGCAGCAGCUGCAGAACAGCACGGACACCAUCAUGGGCCACCACAUCCCAAGCCACCUGCUUGAGCACCCAGCCGAGCUGGAGAGGUGGAAUGGUCCCACCUGGUGGGUCAUAGGAAACGAGAUGGCAGACAAGUACGCAGGCUGGGGAGCGGAGCAUGGAGCACUGGAUCCAGCCAUCAUCGCGCAGCAGCAGAUCAGGGACCAGAUCACCACGGCGGUGCAAAACCGGCUGCUGGCCAUCAACCUGGCGGUGACGGUGGAGGACCCCAACAAGGCCCCUCAGCGUCCCAAGGCCAAGCGCCGAAAGCCGCAGACGGCGAGGGACAGGGCAGCCCAGCUGGGACACGACUUGCGCAAGCUACAUCCGCGAUGGUGGUGUGCAGCGUGUCGCAGUGGCCCAGCCAAAGGACAAAGCAUCAGAGACUGGCUGGCAGAGACGGGAGAAUGCCUCGGGAAAUACGGCGGCCACCAGGACCAGCACGGCAACGUCAGGCUCGACUUCAAGGCGGUGCAGAUCGGCACGCAGGUGGUGCACGUCUCCCACAAGACGCAGUUCACCCAUGGCUGGCUCUGGUGCGAGAAAUGUGGCGGCACCAGCUACCUUGGGGACCACAAGAGCAGGAUUGUGGCAGGAGUGGCAAGGAAGCUGGCAAGGCCGUGUCAGCCCCCAACAGCAGCAGGGCGGCGGGUCUUGGCGGACUUGCAGAGGGGCAAGCUGCCAAGAGGAGCUAAGCCAGCAGCAGACCCAGCUGAUGAGGGUCUCAACGAGAUCACCAUGCCUGGAGAUUUCAAGCUCGGCCUGAGUAACCACGAGGCGAUCGACCUGGACGGGGACAGCUCAGAGGCAGGGGACCCGCAGCCAGCUCCACAGCAGCCACCCAGCCAUCCGCACUCUGUCGUCCACGCCAGCUGGAGGCUCGUGGACCACAUGGAGGGCUACGCGGAGCAGUGGAUGAACAUGGUCGACCAAGAGGUCUGGGACGACAUGGACGACUGGAUGGAGCACUGCGUACCGUACCUCCUGGCCAUCACCAAUGUGGGUGGCGGAACGGACACGCAAGAGCAGACCAGGGCCGCCACCGUGCAGGAGCUUCAGCAGAUCAAGGACUUCUGCGAAGAAGUCUGGCGCAACACGCACCGCACGCGACGGAGACUCAUGACCAGGAUGCUUACCCUCCCGUACGGUACAAGGCAGCAGGCAGCAAGAGUGCACAUGGACGCCUUCCAGAACAGAAGGAACAACAUCCUAGCGCACAGCAUCCCCAGCAGCGAGCGCAGGCCGCUGCCGAGAACAGCGGAGGCCAGCCGAGAGUGGUCACCAGAGAACCUGGACGAUGAUGACUCGACCCCAGACAGUGAAGCCCCAGAGCUGGAGGGUGAGCCGAGCAACCAGGAGAUGGAGACCAUGGCAGGACCCGAUCAGAGGCACGACGCCAACAGCCCGAUGCAGACGGCUGUGCAGGUGGCAGUAACGCUGACCAAGCCAGUGGGGCCCGACCUGAUGAAGUUCGUGAGCGAAGCUGAUGAGGCCGGCCUGCUCCACCCAAGGCUUCGACACAACAAAGGAGAAGCUGACCAGGACCCCGAGCACGAGGUGGCGUGGCUCGAGAGGAACAGGCUCGAGCAGCUCAUGCAGUCGCUGGCUGGCAGCUGGAGCCAGAAAGAGGGCGAACAGGGCUGGCCAUCGUGGCAGGCUGCGUGCGUGCCCCAUGUGCUGAGGGCGCUGCAGACUGGCGUCUACCAGAGGCUGUUCAGCAGCGUGUCAGGGCCGAGCCGCCAGCGCAGCCAGCGCCGAGCGGCGGAGGAGAUCUGCCGCCUGGCAUGGCUCAACAGCGGAGAGGCGCGCAGGCAGAUCCAGCA